AUGGCGGAGCUGCUGGACGUGCUGCAGGAUGGGCAGUCGGAUGGCAAGGUGGUGGCGGUGGGAGAGACGGGGCUGGACUACGAUAGGCUGCACUUUUGCGACGCCGAGACGCAGCGCCGAUACUUUGCCCUGCAGUUUGAGCUGGCACGCAGCAGCGGGCUGCCCAUGUUCCUCCACCUGCGGGCCGCGGCGGCAGACUUUCUAGACAUCGUGGAGCGGCAUGCGGGCGACUUCCCGGCGGGAGUGGUUCACUCGUUUGAUGGCAGCUUGGAUGAGCUUCGCCAGAUACUGCAGCAUGACAAGCUGAGCAUAGGCAUCAACGGCUGCUCGCUGAAAACGGCUGAAAACUUGGAGGUGAUGGCGGCAGUGCCGCUGGACCGGCUUCUCAUAGAGACGGACUGCCCCUGGUGCGAGAUCCGCCCCAGCCACGCUGGCAGCAAGUAUGUGGUGACCAAGUGGGAGGCCAAGGACCGGAAGAAGCACGAGGCCGGCAAGCUGGUAAAGAGCCGGAACGAGCCCUGCUGCAUCGCACAAGUGCUGGAGGUGGUGGCGGGGCACCGCGGCAUCCAAGACCAGGAGCAGCUGGCGCAGCAGGUCUACGAUAACGCGCGGCGCAUGUUAUUUGGGGCGGAGGCUGCCGCUGGAUAG